GGAAAAAACGUGUCCAUGUCUCUCCCACUCGCCAAGACCGCGAGGUCCUUAAACGCGGGCGCAGCUGUCCCCAUAGAGGCUUGCUGUGCCGAUGGACACCUGAUGGCCACUCAGCACCGGGCCUGCUCCCUGCCCUACGCUUCGGAGUCCAAGGAAUGCAGGAUGGUCCAGGAGCAGUGCUGCCACAACCAGCUGGAGGAGCUGCACUGCGCCACCGGGAUCAACCUGGCCAACGAGCAGGACAGCUGCACCGUGCCCCAGGGCAACGCCAGCCUCGAGGCCGUGUUUGUGAAGAGAUGUUGCCAUUGCUGCCUGCUGGGGAGGGUGGCCCAGGCCCGGGGCCAGAGCUGCGAGUACAACCUUAUGGUCGGUUACCAGUGUGGCCUGGUCUUCCGGGCCUGCUGCGUCAAGGGCCAGGAGACCACAGACUUCGCCCCCUCGGACAAUGGGGACCUUCAGGAAACAGCUAAGGUUUCCGACAUGGAGGAAGAGCAGGAGGACCCGUACCUGAACGACCGCUGCCGAGGCGGCGGGCCCUGUAAGCAGCAGUGCCGGGACACCGGUGAGGAGGUCGUCUGCUCUUGCUUUGUGGGCUACCAGCUGCAGCCCGAUGGUGUCUCCUGUGAAGAUGUCAAUGAAUGCAUCACUGGCAUCCACAAUUGCCGGCUCGGAGAGUCCUGCAUCAAUACCGUGGGCUCUUUCCGCUGCCAGAGAGACAGCAGCUGCGGGACUGGCUAUGAGCUCACAGACAACAAUGACUGCAAAGAUAUCAAUGAGUGUUUGAGUGUCAGCCCCUCGUGCCCUGUGGGGCACACGUGCAUUAACACGGAGGGUUCCUAUACGUGCCAGAAGAACGUGCCCAACUGUGGCCGUGGCUACCACCUCAACGAGGAGGGAACCCGCUGUGUGGAUGUGGAUGAGUGUGCGCCCCCCGCUGAGCCCUGCGGGCCAGGGCACCUCUGCCUGAACUCCCCAGGAAGUUUCCGCUGCGAGUGCAAGGCUGGGUUCUAUUUUGACGGCAUCAGCAGGACAUGUGUGGACAUCAACGAGUGCCGCCGCUACCCCGGGCGCCUGUGCGGCCACAAGUGCGAGAACACGCUGGGCUCCUACCACUGCAGCUGCUCCGUGGGCUUCCGGCUCGCGGCCGACGGCCGCUCCUGCGAAGACGUGAACGAAUGCAGCAGCAGCCCCUGCAGCCAGGAGUGCGCCAACGUCUACGGCUCCUACCAGUGCUACUGCCGCCGCGGCUACCAGCUCAGCGACGUGGACGGGGUCACCUGCGAAGACAUCGACGAGUGUGCCUUGCCCACCGGGGGCCACAUCUGCUCUUACCGCUGCAUCAACUUCCUUGGAAGCUUCCAGUGCAGCUGUCCCUCGUCCGGAUACAGGCUGGCCCCCAAUGGACGCAACUGCCAAGACAUUGACGAGUGUGUGACCGGCAUUCACAACUGCUCCAUCAAUGAGACCUGCUUCAACAUCCAGGGCGGCUUCCGCUGCUUGGCCUUCGAGUGUCCGGAGAAUUACCGCCGCUCCGCAGACACGCCCCGCCAGGAAAAGACAGACACCAUCCGCUGCAUCAAGUCCUGCCGCCCCAACGACGUCACCUGCAUGCUGGACCUGGUGCACACCAUCUCCCACACUGUCGUCUCCCUGCCCACCUUCCGCGAGUUCGCCCACCCGGAAGAGAUCAUCUUCCUCCGCGCCAUCACGCCAGCGUAUCCUGACAACCACGCGGACUUCAUCUUCGACAUAACAGAAGGGAACCUGCGGGACUCCUUCGACAUCGUCAAGCGCUACAUGGACGGCAUGACUGUGGGUGUUGUGCGCCAAGUGCGGCCCAUCGUGGGCCCAUUUCACGCUGUCCUGAAGCUAGAGAUGAACUACGUGGUCAGGGGCGUGGUGUCCCACCGAAAUAUCGUCAAUGUCCACAUCUUUGUCUCUGAGUACUGGUUCUGAGGGCUGGUCUGUGGCACAGCCAAGUCUGCAUCUUCAGGCCAAGUCAUUGCUGCCAACAACUGUGCCCCCUGUCCCUGUUUGUACCACCCAGACAUUUCUUGAUUUUAUAUAUUUGUAGUGUUAGGCUGACAUGUAUUAAGCUGGGCCAGGUGAAUAAGUCCAUCUGAUGUAUUUUGGUGUUGCAAUGAGUCCAAUUACUCAACUUUUUAAAUGCAAACACAUUUUACUGCCUGUGGGCAAGGCAUUGCUAAGGACCAAGGAAAGAAAGGACAUUUUUCAGGGGGCAGUUACUCAUAAUGCCAAGAAAAGACCCAUUUUUGCCCUGAUUGUAUGAAGUUUAACAUCAGGUACUUUUUGCCAAUCAGGUUGUGUUUGCCCAGUUCCAGGGACACAGCUGCCGUAGUCUAGCAGAUAUGAUAAAUCCUGCCCAGAAGCAGCAUGACAUAAUGCCUCCAGGGAUACUCAGAAGUAAAUUGCUAUUCUGUUGAAACAGGAAAACCCCGUUGUAAAGACACAGCCUGUCCAGUCUGUGUGGCCCCAGUAUGUUCACCAGGGGAAUGGCAGGGUUUUCUCUGCUCCCUGCAUCCGUCUCCUCUUACCAUAGGUGGAAAAAUAAACAGCUUUGUGAUUCUC